UCAUCUUCAUCUCGACUUCAAAGGUUAAACCUCGUUAGAAAUGAAGAUGAUCGUGAAAAGUUCGGUUUUUUUGAUAGUUAUCACAUUUGUUUCAACAGCAUCUUCAAGUUCACAAAAAUGUGAGCCUGUUCCAGGAUGUACAGACAAUGGCGUAUUCUAUCCUAUUGGGGCCUCUGUUCCGCAAAACAAUCCUUGUAAAACCUGUUUUUGUGCUGAAAAUGGAUUGAAGUGUGCAGAAAUUGCUUGUGCUGCUCCACCACCGGGAUGUGUCACUCAAAAUAAUCCCGAUCGAUGUUGUCCUGAAAUUUUAUAUUGUGGUUGUGAGGUUGAUGGCACAAUCUAUAAAAUCGGAGAAGAAAUUCCCGAUAAUGAUCCAUGCACUGGUUGCACUUGUGAAGUAUCCGGCAACGGAGCAGAACCUGUUUGCUGGGCGGUUGGAUGUGGUGCAUAUCCAGGAGCUUGUGUAACUCAAAAUGUUCCUGGUCAAUGUUGUCCUGAAAUUUUAUAUUGUGGUUGUGAGGUUGAUGGCACAAUUUAUAAAAUCGGAGAAGAAAUUCCUGAUAAUGAUCCAUGCAGUGGUUGUACUUGUGAAAACUCAGACAACGGUCCAGAACCUCUUUGUUGGGCGAUUGCAUGUGAUGCUCCACCACCAGGAUGUGUUACUCAAAAUAAUCCCGAUCAAUGUUGUCCUGAAAUAUUAUAUUGUGGUUGUGAGGUUGAUGGUACAGUCUACAAAAUCGGUGAUGAUAUUCCCAAUGAAAGUCCAUGUGUAACUUGUACAUGCGAAGAAUCAGAUUCCGGUGGUAACCCUUCUUGUUAUUCUAUGUCUUGUUUGGCCCCACCACCAGGAUGUGAAAAUGUUCAACCUCCUCCUGAUGUUUGUUGUCCUGAUUAUCAAGCACUCGGUUGUGAAACUGACAGCAUCGACCAGGCGGAAUUUCAGUGGCACAUCCUUGUCUUAUGUCAUUACCGCAUUCUUCCCACGAACACAUUGAUUCUGGACGGCCUUCAUAUUCAGCACAUUCACAAGAAAGGCAUGGAUCAUCCACAGGAAUAUCUUCACCAAGUUUAUAGAUUUUGCCAUCAGCCUCACAACCACAAUAUGAAAUUUCAGGGCAACAUUUACCAGAAACACUUUGAUAAACGCAUCCUUCUUGUUUUUCUGGACAAUUCGUCUUACAAGACACUUUUCCAUAUUCAUCACAAACCUGUUUGCUGGGCUGUUGGAUGUCCUGAAUAUCCAGGAAAUUGUGUCACUCAAAAUGUUACUGGUCAAUGUUGUCCUGAAAUUUCAUAUUGUGGUUGUGAGGUUGAUGGCAAAAUCUAUAAAAUUGGUGAACAAAUUCCUGAUGAUGAUCCAUGCAUCUUUUUAUCUUCUUGUGAACCCUCCGAAAACGGUCCAGAACCUAUUAGAUGGGUGAGUGAUUGUGGGGAUUUUCCACCAGGAUGUGUCACUCAAACUCCUCCCGGUCAAUGUUGUCCUGAAAUUCUAUACUGUGGCUGUAUGAGUGGUGGCAAGUGGUUCAUAAGUAUAAUGAAUGACAAAAAUCACUAA